CGACAAAGAAAAGUGCCGCUAGUUCUGACGACCUCUACAUCGUUGAAACAGUGUGGUCUGCUAUAUUAAUCGGUAUUGAUACAGACGAAAUCAUGGUUUUGUUAAAGUUUUAGGAAAUUAUUUAAUUAAUUCAAAUAUAUAGCGAAUGAUUUUGAAUAAAACUCGCUAUAAUAUUAUUUUUAUGUAUUCGAUUUUAAUGUACUUUAAUUAUAAAGUAAGCAAUUCAUAAUCAUUUAAUACAACUUUAACCUAAAUAAAUGUCAAUCGUUGAAAUUGAUGAUAAUAUUCAACCAAACAUUGCAAAAACCAAGUAAAAUUGCAUGAUAUUCAUUAUGAUGAAUACUAGUUCUAAUAAAUAAAAAUGAGCGAGACAAGUGAAACGCAAAAUAAGGACAUUGGUCCAGGAACUCUAACAGAACAAGAAUGCGAAUUAGCGCAAAAUGCGCUUUCUGAAUUUCAUAAAGGAUCAUAUACCAGUUGUUUGUCAUAUUUAAAUAAAUUGGAAACUCUUAGACCGAAGGAUUUAAAAGUAAUGCACAAUAAAGUUGUAGUAGAAUGUUAUAAAAAUGACUUGAAAAAAACAGAAUUAUUACGAAAAAGUUUAAAUGCAAUAUGUGGACAAAUGUCAUUGACUGAUUCAACUGAAACUAUAGACGACAUUCAGAAGUGUGUUAUGAGAUAUAAUCAAGCCGUUUUAUUAUAUCAUACAAAACAAUACAGUGCAUCGCUUCAAAUUAUCAAUAGAUUAUUUGCUUUUAUAGAACCUAUGGAAGAAUCGUUAGCUCACAAAGUUUGCCUACUCCUGAUAGAACUACAUAUAGUAACUAAUCAACCAGAUGCUGCAUUAUCUUUAAUAAACUAUAUAGAAAGUCAACUGAUAUCAACAGAUAAUUCUAAACUUGCAUCUGUUGAUAAGGAAGGUAUAAUGAAACCUGUCACAGAACAGAAAGAUCAAAAAAAGGAAACUGAUACAGUCACUGAUGCAUUUAAAAUAAAAUUAUUGAAAUGUAAAGCUAGGAUAUACCUUAUGAUGCAUCAACUGAAGUUGUGUAAAAGGGAGUGGAAGGUCCUGGUUUCUUUGGGUACACCUGUAAAUAUUUCGACAGUAUUCUUAAAAGCAAAUCUUGAAUACUUACGGGGAAAUUACAAAAAAGCUAUUAAAUUAUUAAACUCUGUAACAUCAGAAAAUAUGGAUUUUAAAACUAGCGGAGAGUCCCCCGCUGUUUUGUAUUAUAAUAAUAUGGCUUGUAUACAUCUUGCGAUGGGUAAACCAAAUUUAGCGUGUUUUUAUUUGAAAAAAGCUUUACAUGAAAAUAAAUGUGCAGUGGAAAGCGUACAAUCAAAAGAUAGUGAUCCUUUUUCUUCACAACCUUUGUACACGCUUGGUGGAAACAAACACUAUCAGUUAAUGUACAGUUUAGGUGUAUCAUUAUUACAUGCGAAUCAGGCAUCAGCUGCUUUUGAUUGUUUUAUGGAAGCUGCUCAGAAACUUCAUAAUAAUCCUAAACUUUGGUUAAGAGUUGCAGAAUGUUGUAUUUAUUGUCACAAAUCGACAAAUGAAGUUGAUUUUAAUAUUCCGAAACGAAGAAAGGAUUUAGUACAGAGGGUUCUAGGGUCUGGAAUUCAUAGAAAAAUUAUUUUGGCUUCUUCUCUUUCUAAAGAUAUAAAAUAUCAUUCUGAAAGUUUCCCGUCUGCAAUGCCUCAGUUAACAUUAGAAUUUGCAUCUCUUUGUUUAAAGAAUGCAUUGUUUUUAUUGCCAAAUAUCAAUGAACUUAAUGAACUUAAUGUUCCAAUUACAACAAUUACUGGCUCGCAAUCAGUACCUUUAUCAUUAACAGCUGGUCAUAAUUUAGGUGCUCAACAUUCAACAUUAAUGUCACAAGUGUCUACCGUUGAAGCAUUAAAUUUGAAAAUCAGUGUUUUGGCAGCUAGUGCUUACGUGUGUUUAUGUCUGGGCGAUUACGUUGUUGCUCUCGAACACGCCAAAUCACUAUUAAAUGUCAAUAAAUUACCAGGAGCAUAUAAAAUGCUAGGAAAUCUUUAUGCCGCGGAAAGUUUAAUAUUUAUGGACAAAAUUAGCGAAGCAAUUGAAUAUCUUAAACCGGAAAAUAUUCAAGAUUUGAAUACUUUCGUACCCAUACCUGAAACGCAAGAUAAAGAUAAAGAUAAAAACGAUGAAUUUGUUUCAAAACCUAUAAAGAUGUGGUAUCCGACGACUGUUCCUACCGGUAUCGCUGUACUUAAAUAUAAUUUAGCUGUAGCUUAUGCGAUUCGUGGUGAACUUGACAAAUCUGGAGAAACUUUAAAACAAGUAUGGAUGUCUAAAGGACCAGACUGCGAUGUUCCUAUACAUGUAAUAAUGUUAGCUUUAUAUAUAGAAUUACAAUUAGAUUUAUCCGGAGACCUGAAUGCCUCACCGGUUGAGGAGGAAGGACAGCGGAAGGCUGUCCAUUACAAACUUAACAGAAGAAAAUUAAGAGGACGCACUUCCUUGGAUUCGAGGUUCAUUAAAGAAUCGAGGCCCGUUGACAUGGAGGAAGUGGAUGUUCAGCAGGAGUCGAGGGACACGGUGGGCAGCUUGAUGUUCUCCCCGCCGCCAAUGAAGAAGUCAGACACGAGGGACAGCAUUUCUUCCGUGGACAGCGACGUGAGCCUUUCCUUCGACCGCAGGGGCUCCAAAGGGGAGGAAGCCGAUCUGUCGGACAGUGCGAGUUCCGAUAACGAGAUGAAAAAGAAGAACCUCGCGAAACAGCAGCUAAAUUCGGAUCAGGAUUCGGGCGCUGAUCUAACGGAAGACGCUAACACCAGCGAGUCGAAGAAUCUGAAGCAAGAGAAAAGACCGGCCGAAGGAACCGCGAACGAUGCGGAGGACGAUUUCAUCCCGCCCAGCGACGAACUGGCGGAGAAGAUAUGCACCCAAGUGGAGUUUUACUUCUCCGAUGAAAACAUAGUUAAAGACGCGUUUUUGCUGAAACACGUGAAGAGGAACAAGGAAGGUUACGUAUCUUUGAAACUGAUCUCGAGCUUCAAGCGGGUGAAGCAUCUCAGCAGAGACUGGAGGGUGGUUGGCACUGCUUUGGCCAAAUCGAAGAGACUACAGGUCAAUCCGCAAGGGACCAAACUGCGUAGAGUCGAUCCUUUGCCACCGUUCGAUCAAACCGCUCCUUCGAGGACGAUUUUGGCCGCGAGACUUCCGCUAGAGAAGUUGUCGGUAGAGUCCGUGGCAGAAAUCUUUCGACCGUGCGGAGAGAUCGCUCUUAUCAGGGUUCUUCGACCAGGACACCCUGCGCCGGCGGAGGUGCGACAAGCGAUCGCCAAGAGGCCAGAGUUAGCGUCCAGCGAGGAGUGCGCGAUGGUCGAGUUCACAGACUCAGCGGCCGCUCGUCUUGCUCUGCAAAUGACCCUGGGCGAUGCCAAGGUGUUCGAGCUGCAACAAUCCAGCGACAAGAAGAGGAAACAACAGUCAACGAAGAAAACUGCCUUGACGAGAUUGUCCAAAGAGGAAGCUUACAACUCUUCGAGUUGUGCCAGCGGAUCCGAGGCCGAAGAUGGGAAAGCUAGACACAAGAAACCCAUUCACGGUUAUCCAAUGUAUCACGCUUAUCCGGGCCACCCCUUUCAAGGACCGCCUUCGCCGGACGCAUGGCUAUCUCGUCGAUUAUCCGGCUGCUCGGUGUCAGGCUCGGAAAGCGGUUUCAUUCUUCGCCGCUUGUCUUCCUGUUCCGGUUCGGGGUCUGGCUCCGGUUCUGGCUCGGAAAUCGGAAGCUUCGGCAGACGCUACUCUGCCUGUUCCUCUGGUUCGGAGACCGGUUACUGCCACCCGGUCUUCCCGCCGAAUUACUAUUACCAGGAGAACCGACGUUUCUCCUGUUGCUCGAAUUCAAGUUCGGAAUGUAGCGCUGCCUGUUAUCACUCUAGUCGUCGUGGUUCCACGGAUUAUGGGUCAUACCUGAGGAAGCUGUCCGCGUGUAGCCGAGACUCCGGCUUCGACAUGUCCGCAAGGAGACUGUCCCUAUGCUCCUCCGGUUCCGAACAGGCCACUUUCUGCCGACCUAGGAGCAACAGUGGCGUGACUUUGACUCACCUACCAGAAAAUGUGACGAGAAUGCCGUCUGGGCCGGAUGGCACUCGAGGAUUCGGCCGACCAUCAAAAAUUGCUCAUGCCAUGCCACCGUCAAUGGAACCGACCUACUAAAUGUCCUUUGAUUUCUAGAUUAUUCGGAUCUCUAAACCUGGAACACGAAGUUUGUUUAGAUUGUUGUUAUAGAGAGUAAUAUCGCCUAGUCUAACUAAAUAAUUUCGACCAUUUUCGUUUACGAACGCUGCGCAUACUGUACUUGUGUUUUUGGUACGUAACGAUUGCUCGGGAAAGCCUUGAAAGAAGUUUUCAGUUUUUCUUUUUUAUAAAAGUAAUUAUUUCUACGUGGAAUUGAUUUAUACAUUCGAUAACUUUACGUUGCUCUUCUGAUUUCGUGUUUCCGUUUCAAGUACGCGGCUCUUUCACCGAUGAUGGAUAUAUUUGGAAGUAAUCACCGAGCUGUGCGUUAUUUAUAUCUAUUGUUAUAGUGUACCUAGCAAUAAGAGGCUAACCGCCUGAAUAAAUGUAAAUAUGUGUAUUAGUCUACCUGUAAUUACAAGUGACAGUUUGUUGAGAAUUUUAAAAGCUACGCAUAUAUUCGCCGUUUGCAUCUACUUAAGCGGAUAGUAUUAUAUGAGAACGUUUCGAUUACGAGAUUCUGUGAUAUUGAUCAGUAAUGUGCGAACUUCGGAAUCUUAAGUAGAAUAUACACACAUUGUACGGACGUUGAUUCGUGAGCUAUUUUCGACGCUUUACUAUUACUUAUUAUAUUGCAAUAAUUACGGGACAUUGUGAAAAAUAUAUAUUACUAUGUUUUCGUUGUAA